AUAAAGCAGGAGGAGCAGAAGCCCCGCCCCCUUAGAUCCCUGCUCCUUCCUCCUCCUCUUCCUCCUCCGGUCGCUCGGCUACAUUCCUGCUAUCUUUCUCCUCCAGACACCUCCGUCUGAUACCGACGCAGUGCGGAAGAAUCCCGGAGUAAAAUGGCAUCGGGUGUGACAGUAAACGAUGAGGUCAUCAGGGUUUUCAACGACAUGAAGGUGAGGAAGUCUUCAACUCAGGAAGAAGUGAGGAAGAGGAAGAAGGCGGUGCUGUUCUGUCUGAGUGAGGACAGAAAGAAGAUCAUCGUGGAGGAGGGGAAGCAGAUCCUGGUGGGAGAUAUCGGAGAAACCGUGGACGAUCCCUACGGCUGCUUCGUCAAGCUCCUCCCCCCAAAUGACUGUAGAUACGCCCUGUACGACGCCACCUACGAAACCAAGGAGUCCAAGAAGGAGGACCUCGUCUUCAUCUUCUGGGCUCCUGAGAGCGCUCCACUGAAGAGCAAGAUGAUCUACGCCAGCUCUAAAGAUGCCAUCAAAAAGAAGUUUACAGGUAUCAAGCACGAGUGGCAGGUGAACGGACUGGACGACAUCCAGGACCGCCGGACGCUGGCCGAGAAGCUGGGGGGGAACGUGGUGGUGUCUCUGGAGGGCAAGCCGCUGUGACGCCGCAGCGACGAGUCGAGCGGAGUCAAGCCAACCGCCGUGCCAUCAGGACCGAAGCAACCAACCCCACCUGAACACCGUCACUUCACCCAGAAGCUUGCUCUGUCUAUAUCCAUGUCCUGAAGGUGUUAGCGUCUUUAGGCUUCUUUGUUAUAUUUUUGUCUUGGUUCUUAUUGCUUUCUUUUUUUUUCCUAAACAUGAAGGAGAUCUCAUUAACAUGAAGAUAUGCAAACACCUCCCAAUUUGUUGUCUUGUGACUCUGACUCACAUGGCAGAAACAAAUCCACACUACCAAACCCCAGGAAGGUUCUCUCUCUCUCUCUCUCACAGCCAGAGUUUUGCCAAAAAGUGGAAAUGAAGGAAGCAGCCACUGUUGUGGGAUGAGAGCGCCACAAAGCACUGCCUCCUGCUGUAAACGGGUUGCACUCGCCAAGCUUUUUACCUGAAUAUUUAUUAUUGUAAUCCUUUGUUUUCUCUCCAUUUCAUCCGACCGGGCCGACACGUCAUCAGUCUAUGCAUAACCAUUACUGUCCAGCACUUUUCAUUUAAACACUACAGGCUGAAAGUAAACUUCUCACGUUGAAUUACAAUUUGUUUUUAUGUCCAAAUGGUUUGACCUCAGUUCUGGUUCAGUUUGAGCAUCACUAGCUGUUUGUUUGGCGCCUUAUUUCAGUUUGAAUGUAACCGUCACACCAGAGUUGGAGUGCACUAUUGUUUUGUAAGGAAAGCACUACAGGAAGCAGGUUUGACCCCUCCCUCCCUCCCUCCAGCAGUGAGAGUCC